AAAUCUUUGAGCCGGAACAACCAGAGGUGAUUAAUAAUCACCGUCUUUGGAAAAUCUUGCUUAGUUUUAUGUUAGCAUUGACCUAUACAAGAGAAGAGCCCAACAUGAUGCCACUAUGAUAGCUUGAACCACAACUGUCGAUUAUUGACUAAUCGCGCGGGUCAGUCAGCCGCGUGAAUAGAUUUUAUAAAUAAAGCAGAGGGAGACUUUUUUUUCUCUUCUUCUUCUGCAUGUGUUGGAGAAUUCAUCAUCUGUCGGAAUCAUGUCUCCAGGUCAGCAUUAGUUAAUAGCCCACCAAGUAACAAAAAUAGAAAAUAUCUUAGACCGCAAAAGAAGACCAGAAAAGAAGGAAAAGAAAAAAGAGAAAUAGAAAAUCAUCCACCAUGGAAACUAGCUCUAAGACUCUGCUCAUAUUCAUCUCUCUUCACUUCUAUUAUUUCUCCUUCCAUCUGAUUAAUGCAGUCAUUGCUGCAGAUGUUGAUCAUCCUUAUGCGCCCUUGGAGAACAUUGCUCUUGAUUGCGGUUCCAGCUUCGAUUCGCAAACUUUGUCUUUUGAUGGCCGGAACUGGACUGGUGAUGUCGGAUCAAAGUUUACAGCUUUCAACUCGCACAGCAACUCUACUCUAUCCACAGCCUCGUUUUUCGAUGAAGCCAUCGGAAUUCCAGAAGUUCCUUAUAAAACAGCUAGACUGUUCUACUCUAAAUUCACCUACACUUUUAAUGUAACACCAGGUCCAAAAUUUGUUCGUCUUCACUUCUAUCCAUCAUCAUACUCAGGUCUCAAUGCAUCCAGAGCAUUUCUCUCUGUUAUCGAUGGUGAUAACCGUACUCUCCUUAGCAACUUCAGUGCCACUCUUGCUGCCAAUUACAAGAACGUGGAUACAUUUUUCAAAGAAUUCAUAAUUGAAGUACAAAACCAUUCGCUUUGUUUAACGUUUAGCCCUUCCUCAAAUGAAUCUGAUGCAUUUGCUUUUGUUAAUGGAAUUGAAGUAGUUUCAAUGCCGAUGAAUCUCUACAUAAAGGGAGAGGAUGUUCCUCUUCCUUUUGUUGGGUAUCCUGCGAUGGUGAUCACAUUGGACAACAAAUCUGCACUUGAAACAGUUUACAGAAUAAAUGUAGCAGGCGCCGAUAUUUCUCCCAAACAUGAUUCAGGGAUGUUUCGAACUUGGAUAAAAGAUGAUCCAUACAUUUUUGGAUCUGCUAAAGGGGAACGUGCAUUUGAUUUGAAUCUUUCCAUCAGGUAUACAUCAGCUGUACCAGAAUAUACUGCACCUCAAUCGGUAUAUCGCACUGCCCGUUAUAUGGGUAAUAGUCCUCAAAUCAACUUGAAUUUUAACUUGAGCUGGUAUUUUUCUGUUGAAACUGGUUUUAAGUAUCUUGUCAGGCUUCAUUUCUGCGAGGUUGCUCGGUAUAUAACAAGGGUUAAUCAAAGAGUAUUUCGUAUAUACAUCAAUAAUCAAACAGCUGAAGAUCAAGCUGAUAUAUUUGGCUGGAGUGGUGGGCAAGGUGUUCCUCUGUAUAAUGACUACAUUAUAAUGGUUCCAGAACUGAGUGAAAUGAAUAUCCAAGAUCUUUGGCUCGAGCUGCACCCCAACUCUGCAUCCGUGCUACAUUCUCAAUACUAUGAUGCUCUCUUAAAUGGGGUGGAGAUUUUCAAAUUAAACAACUAUGGUGGAAAUCUUGCUGGACCUAAUUCUCCCCAAGAAUUGCUAGUUAAUCAAUUUCCUAAAUCAUCCAGAAGCAGUUCAAAGAAAAGAUCACUUAUCAUCAUCAGCAUUGGAUGCUCGCUUAGUGCAGUGAUGUUGGCGUUGCUUACGUUUGCUUUUUGGAUUAGAGCAGCAAGGGGAAGGACAAAACAAGAGAAGACAUGUCAUAGCCAGUCAUCAGUCUGUCGCUAUUUCACGAUGAAAGAGAUCAAAGCAGCAACUAAUAACUUCGAUGAGGCACAGGUCAUUGGUAUUGGUGGAUUUGGUGUGGUUUAUAAAGGUUACAUUGAUGGUGGGGCGAUUACAGUUGCCAUCAAGCGUGGGAAUCAAGCAACUGUUGAACAGGGUCUCAGCGAAUUUCAGGCGGAGAUCAACACACUUUCUCUACUUCGUCAUCACAAUGUUGUUUCUUUAAUGGGUUUCUGCAAUGAUGAACAGGAAAUGAUUCUUGUAUAUGAGUAUAUGCCUAAUGGAAAUCUGUUUGAUCAUCUUCAUUUUGUCAACAAAACACAAAAAUCACCUCUUUCAUGGAACCAAAGGCUCCAGAUAUGCACUGGAGCUGCGCAAGGUUUGUGCUAUCUCCAUACAGGAUUGAAGCAUCCAAUCGUUCAUCGUGAUGUCAAGACUAGCAACAUCCUGUUAGAUGAGAACUGGAUUGCCAAGAUUUCAGAUUUUGGCAUGUCCAAAAUAGGCCCUACUAAUGGAAGCACAAAAGUUAAAGGUAGCAUUGGCUAUUUGGAUCCAGAAUAUUGCAGGUUUCACAAAUUAACAGAAAAAUCUGAUAUCUACUCUUUCGGAGUGGUGCUACUGGAGGUACUUUCUGCCAAAUUUGUGGUGAAUCCUGCUGUAUCAGAAGAUAAUUACAAUGAGGAAGAUGAGGAUCCUGAAACCUUUGUUGAGUGGGGCUUAAAUUGCUAUGAGAAAGGAGAUUUGGAUCAACUCAUUGACAAAAAUUUGGAAGGAAAGAUUGCGCCGGAAUCUCUCACAAAGUUCAUGGAGAUCGCACAAAAAUGUUUGGCAAAUCGAGGUCUGGAUCGGCCAUCAAUUAAUGAGGUAAUUUGGAGCUUAGAGUUGGCACUAAAACUGCAAAUGUAUGACAAUAAUGAGGAUAGAAAUAUGGGCUUAAGGUUAAUGGGCAAUUCAGAUAUGAAUCCAGGAGUGGAAUUCUCUGAAAUCAUGAUUCCAGUUGGGAGGUAAAAGCAAAAAGUUUAUGGAAGAAUGGGAAAAUCUACUUGUUAAGUCUAGAAGUUUGUCCUUAAUUUAUUUGUCUUUUGGCGCUGCAUAAUGGCUACUUCUUUAGAAACAA